CGGCCGGGAUCACGUGACGUGUGUCAUGGCGGCCUCCAUGGCCGGCGCUGGUGGGUCGGUGACUCGGCUGAUGCUGGGGGCGGCCGGGGGGCUGCGACUCCGCCUGGGGCGGGGCUUCCGCACGGCAGGGGUGUUCCAGGCAGAAGACGAGAGCUGCACAGCAGAGCCUGCGGGCGACACAGUGAACGUGGUUUUCAUUGACCGUUCCGGGCGCCGGAUCCCCGUGAAGGGGCGUGUGGGGGAGGACGUGCUGCGCCUGGCCCAGAGGCACAACAUUGAACUGGAAGGCGCCUGCGAAGCCUCCCUGGCUUGCUCCACCUGCCACGUCUACGUGAGCCAGGAGUUGGUGGACAAGCUGCCUGUCCCUGACGAAAGGGAGGAAGACAUGCUGGACAUGGCCCCACAGCUGCAGGAGAACUCCCGGCUCGGCUGUCAGAUCAUCCUCACCAAAGAGCUGGAGGGGGUGGAGUUCACCCUGCCCAAAAUCACCAGGAACUUCUACGUGGAUGGCCAUGUUCCCAAGCCCCACUGAAGGCUGGAGGAGUCUCUGGGCUGCCCCUGGCUCUGGGGCUGGGCCUUAUAGAGCCCAAAGCGAGGGGGGCUGGUUGGAGAAGGCUCCCCCUGGGGGCCUGCAGCACUGCUGGUGACAUGGAGAGGUGUGGGAAGGGGUUAGUUUUAAAGGCCCAGGGUGAAGCGCUGAGCUUCCUACAGGCCAGGGUGAGGAGGGGAUAUCAGCAGCAAAGAUGCUAGAAUAACCCCCCUCCCAGCUCUGCCACACACCCCCAGCACCUGUGCUCACAGUCCCAGAGGCGACGUGAGGCCAUACAACAGCCCUAUCUUUUCUGUUCAGGGAAUCUGUAUUUAUUGGUGUUGGUUACCAAACCCCACAGCCCAUCCCAGGGAGCAGGAGGAGGGCAGGUUGUGGGGGGCCCCACAGGGGGUGCUCUGCAUUCUUCCUGUCUGGAGCUCACAGUUUCUCAUGGCGUACUUUAAUAUGCAUUAGGGGCCUUGAUGCAUUCUCUGUGCCGUUUGACAGCAGGGACCAAAGCAGCACGUUCUCUGGGCUGCUCGCUGUGGCUCACCCACUGUAACCUUGGGAUCAGGGCCAACGCCCCUCCCGCAGCCACAUUUUAUUAUUAAAGCUCAUGUUUGUAUGA